AUGAGUACCAGCGAUAUUGCGAAGAAGAGCAAGCAACAGUGGGUGACACCUUCCACAACCUCAGAUGCUCCUCCUGAUUUUGAAAUCAUUGGAAUAUGGUUUGGAUACAUUUUGACCGGCCUUUCAUGGUUCAUCGUUGCAAUCACGUUUCCAUUCUCGAUGUGUUUUUGUCUGAAAGUCAUCAAGGAGUAUGAAAGAGUCGUUAUUUUCAGGCUAGGACGUCUUCUGCCUGGUGUGGCGCAUGGUCCAGGACUGGUGUUCAUCAUGCCUUGUAUUGACACGUAUCGCAAGCUUGAUCUGCGAGUGGUUUCAUAUGCGGUUCCUCCGCAGGAAAUCCUAUCGAAAGAUUCAGUGACAGUAUCGGUUGAUGCAGUCGUAUAUUUCCGAACAUCCGAUCCAAUAGCUGCCGUGAACAAUGUCGACGAUGCGAUAUACAGUACAAAACUACUUGCUCAGACUACUCUUCGCAACGCUUUGGGAAUGAAAACAUUGACCGAGAUGCUGACCGAACGGGAGGCGAUCGCGCAGCUAACCGAAACAAUUUUGGAUGAAGGUACCGAACAUUGGGGCAUUAAAGUGGAAAGGGUGGAGGUGAAAGACAUUCGUCUACCGCAACAGUUGACGCGGGCAAUGGCAGCCGAGGCGGAAGCAGCAAGGGAGGCGCGGGCGAAGGUAGUGGCCGCUGAGGGUGAAAUGAAGGCCAGUCGUGCGCUCAAAGAGGCGGCAGAUGUCCUGGCCGACUCGCCAGUGGCUAUUCAACUUCGCCACUUGCAAACGUUGGGCAGCAUCGCUGCCGAGCAUAAUUCGACCAUCAUUUUUCCGGUUCCCAUAGAUCUGUUGGGCAGCUUUACUCGCAAGGACAAGGACGUGAAAAUGAAACAUGAUUACAGGGAACCAGUAUGA